CUACUAAAUAUCCUUUUGACUGAGAGGCGAAAGGCAAGAUGCUUAAAAUUAUGUAGCCAUUUUAAUAUUUAAAGCUGGAUGUGCAGCGCUGAGUCUGGGCCCCAAAACAGGGCAAUUUAGAAAACCGUUACAGGAUAGAUCUUUUGGAGGAGAAAGAAUGAAGCCAGCUCUGCCUAUGAACCGAUCCAAGCCACAACUACAUACAGAUUUCACAGCCCAUGCAACAGAGCCAACAACAAGUAAGAACUAUAAAUGGACAUCCAAAACAUUUCCAGACGUUAGUGUAAGAAUGAUGACUGACAGUCAAUCAGAAUAUGAACAGUAUGUUGGUGAACAAGAUGAGCAAACUGACUACGAUUAUGAAUAUGUAACUUCCUCCAGUCUAGAAGAUUUACGACAUAUGAAAAUUUAUCCUGCUAAGCCAAUGAAUACGCAGUCAGUUUAUGCAGAUAAGCGGUCUUUACUGACAAUACCACCGCCACGUCUGAGACCCCAAACAGCCCUCAGACAGCAAUCAAUGAUGAACAUACAGCCCAGCACACAGUACAAGAGCAGCAAUAUGCAAAGAGAGAAGAAAAGUUCUGACAGUCAUGCAGCUCAAGGCCCAGCUGUUGACAGAACUGUCAAACCCUGCACGACUGUAAAAGACCCUUUCCAAUCUUCAGGUCCAAUUCUUGAUUACAAGCAGCCAGCACGACCACCACCCAGACCUCCUAAGAGUAUACCCAAAGAAUUCCAACAACUUCAUCUGGAGCCAAGCCAUACACAUAUUUUCUCAGGACCUGACAACCUCCCGCAUUUCCUAAACAAGCCAUCAAUAACCCAGCCUGAAAAUAACAUUGGAUUAUGUAAGAACAAACAAAAUGAGACACUCAUACCAAGGAAUGGUACUGAUUUUCGAAGUCCACCUGACGUUAUUCCACCAAUGAGACAACAACGUUCAUUGCCAUUUAAAACCAUUUCUAAAAGUGUGCUACCACCAAGCUCUUUACAUCAAACAACACAGAUGCCAGAUCCUUCCAGGAGGCAAAACCUUCAGUCUAGUCCUGACCUACAAAAACCCAAACAUGUCCCCAGAGUUCCUGCAAAGGACUUAGAAGGAAACAUAUGGUACGUUGGUGCCUGUGACCGCUAUAAAGCAGAGGAGGCUUUAAAGAUAAAAAAUAUGAAUGGUGCUUUCCUGGUGAGAGAUAGUUCCAAAGGAAUCCCCGAUAAGCCAUAUGUGUUGCUGGUAUAUUACAGAUUUAAAGUUUACAGCAUUCAAAUACGAUAUCUAGAGGACACUAAACAAUACGCUUUGGGGAGCGGGCUCAGAGGACAUGAUAUAUUUGAUUCAGUGCCUGAUAUUAUAGAAAUCCACAGAAAUAUUCCUUUGCGAUUAAUUGAUCGAAGAGACCAAUCAGGAAGCCAAAUGGAACAAUGUACCCUAACCAUUCCACUGACACUGCAUUGACAGAUUGAUAGUGUCAAAUGUUAAAGACUUGAUCCUCACAUAUUUACAUUGUAUAUCUAAAACCGCACUAAUUUAUUUUUAAUGUAAAUAUAUACAUUAAAAACCCUUUCUACUGUGCUUUGCUAACAACUUCUAAAGGUUACUGGUUCAGAUGACACAGUUCAUUGUCACUUAAGGUCAUGAUAAUAAACAGGAAAAUAUAUUUGCAAGAAAAGGAGAUAUGCUAUUAUAUUUUCUUGCAAAAUGUAGAACUACAACUUUCAGCUGUUUUUAUUAAUCAUAUUUUACUUGAGACAAAUGGUUGACUGUUACCUGUGUUUUUUUUAACAAUUGUAUAUUAAUCACUUUCAUAGAGAAUGGUAAAAAAGAGAAAAUCAACUUUUUUUCUGAGAAAACUUGAUUUAUUUGUUCACAUUAUCAUAGUUGAGUGUGAAAAUACAAGUAUACAAACAUGACUAAUAUCAAAAGUAUAAUGGAAUAAUCUAGAAAAAGUGCCAGACGAUAUAAUUCAUUACAUGCUAUGAAGGUGCCACUAUUUAUGAUAUAUAGAAAUGAUGACUAAACAACCUGUUUAUAAAGAAUACAUACCAAA